GUUCCGGCUAAAAAAACUGAAAUAAUCAAAAAUUUAUAUUUUUUCAGAAACAUCUGUACCAUAAAUACCGAAAUUCUUCUCUAUUGCUUUAAAGCCUUUUACAAAUUUGAAUUGAUUUUUUCAGAAACUCUCAAGUCGUCUUUGGCUUUGAUCAUAUUAUGUUAAAUUAUACAAUUAUUUUAAAAAGCACUGGUUACGAGAAACGAUUUUUUUAAUUCUUGCAUUUUUCGAAACAAUGCAUUCUGUUCAGGUUUCUAAAAAGGUAAAUCGUCACGUAAUUAAGGCUAUAGAUUACCUGCAAACGUCUAGGACCGAUUUCGUUCAUAUUAAGGCUAUACAGGAACAAGUCAGGUGGUCCUUGCGGUAUACCAAGCCAGUAAAUAACUUGGAGUACGUGAUACAAGAUUCCUUGAGGAAACAGACUGAGCUGGGUAUUGUGACGCGCUCCGGAUCAUCGAUGUAUGCGAUGACCAUCGCCUUCCAGGGUUUGCGUUCCGACAGGAGUGCCCAACAAAUCAAGAAAAAAGGGAUGUUGCUUUUUUAACUUUUCAGGCUCGAGGCGACUCCCUAACUACAGACCAAAUAGCCAGAGUGCGUAAAAUGCUUCGCGGCGUCCAAAAGCCUUUGAUAAAAGUAAAGCGGAAUGUAAUACCAGGUACUGCCAAAGCCAUAUGUAAAACAAACUCGGUGCGAAAUUUAACUGCCAGAUCUAAGAAACCUCCCGAAAACAGCACUCCAAUCAAAUGCGAAAAGUCCAGCAUGAGUAUAUGGAAUUCUAACAUACCAAAAAAGGUGUAUCGUCAUGUCUUCAAGGCAGUUAAAUAUUACACCGACCAUGAAAACUACAUGUUUGUCCCCCUUGACAAGAUUAAAAUGGAGGUUAAGUGGACCAUGAGAAAUCUCAAUCCUUUAAAGGACUUAGAAACAGUCAUUGAACACUCGCUCACAAACUUGAGAAAUAUUGGAGUUUUGUCAGAGCUACUUGGAUCCUAUAGACUCAAUCGUGUGAACUCUCUGCAUUCCGUCGACUCUUAUUCAAUCUUUGGCAAAGUCUCAAAAUCUUUUUUUCCUGUUGUAGGCGUCUUUGAAAGGGCACCUGGUGUUGAAAAUGCUUCUUCGAUAGAACUUGGUGGCCGUACUUUCGAUGCUCCUGCUCCUCUGGUGACCUCAGAAUCUCUCUCCCAGGAAAUACAAAGUUCGGAUGAGUCGCAAAAUAUUUCAUGUAUAAAAGUAUGUGAAAUGCCUUUGGAUGAACCAAUGUCGGAAUCUAUUUACCUUGAAGGACAAUCUUGCAUCGAACCAGGGCAAACUUCCUCUUCCUCUUUGGUUCCCAUGUUAAAUUUCAGAGCGCCUGAAGGAGUCCUUGGAGUGGAACCAACUACCGAAAAUGCACCUUCGUUAGCACCCUUUGAGAACCCUUUUUGCGUCGAGUUACCUCUAAUGACUUCAGCAAAUUCCUCCUCCAGGAAAAUCCAUAAUACUCAUACAGAAUGUGAAUUAGGUUUACGAGCAAGUUCGCCAGAUUUAAAUAUUUCCUUCAUUCGAGCAGCUAAAAGCUUUCAUGAAUCUUGGUUACAAUCAAAUUAUCAGCCUUCACUCCUUCGGGAAGCCAGCUACGAACCUGAACAAUCAAACGAAGCACAAAAUGCGGUUUCUAAACAUCAAGAAGAGCCCGAAGAACAGUAACUUUCAGCCUGUAAAACAAAAUUUUGUUAUAUUUCGAUCUUUUUUUGAAAAUGAUUAAAACGAAUCGGAUACUUUCAGUGCUAUCGAUAUAUCGAUAGUAUGUUUUCGUGAGCUAUCUGAAA